GCUAGCAUUGCAGACGAGAAAAUCGUUGACAUUAAGGUCCAGUCAAAAAAUAUGUGUUAGUUUAUAAUAGUUAGUGUUUUGGUUAGUGCAAAAUGGGCACGGUGCUCAGUUUUUCCCCGCGAGAGCGAAGGCCUGUGUACACAACAAGCUCUACGGGCGAUUUUACCCUCAACAACUUUUCUUACGAACAACUAAACAACGUAAAGAACCGUGACUCGAAAAGCAACUGCAGUGUAACAAACUCUAAUAAUCAUAAUUUGUGUAAUAAUAUAAACAAUAAUGAAAACGCUAGGAUUAUAUCUGAGAAAAACGCGCUGGAAAAGAACCUCAGGAAGCAUUCUCUUUUCAUCAACGCCCUGUCCUGGAAGCGAUUCUCCACGACGAACAACAACAAAAAGAAGUUGGACAACAACAAAAACAAAAACAUAACCGUCUUUCGGCAACCCCUGGUCGACAAUAUUCAUCCGGUGAUCGACAAAAACAAAAAUAUUCAUCAAAACAAGCAUGGUUCAUAUUACUCGAAUUCAAAAAGUAGUUCCGCGCUUGCUUUGGACAUUGUACGAGUGAAUAAUGCUAACAAUAACACUAACAAUCAUUUGCACUGCGAUAAAGUUGUUAACAAGCAGGUCAUUUUGAGCCAAAGCUCUAUCAACUCGCAGAAUCAGGUCGUUCCUGUAGCUGCACCCAAAAAGACUGUCAUACAAGCUUCCACGUCUGAAUUAUUGAAGUGUUUAGGAAUGUUUUUGCACGCCAAAUGCUACAAAUUAAGAGAUUUUCAGGCGGGAGAUGCGGUCAUGUGGCUCAGGACGGUUGACAGGAGUUUGCUCUUGCAGGGAUGGCAGGAUGUAGCGUUUAUUAACCCAGCGAACGUAGUCUUCGUCUACAUGUUGGUCCGAGACUUAGUCAAGUCAGACAUAGAAUGCGAGCAAGACCUGCAAGCCGUCGUCCUCACCUGCCUGUACCUUUCAUACUCAUACAUGGGAAACGAAAUUUCCUACCCCCUCAAGCCAUUCCUUGUCGAAGACUCAAAAGAAAAAUUCUGGGACAGAUGCUUGGACAUCGUCGACAGGCUGUCGUCAAACAUGUUGCGGAUCAACGCCGAGCCCGGUUACUUCACCGAAAUCUUCACCGAACUAAAAGCCUGCGGUAUCGGCAACAUCGUAGCCAACAACAUGGCCGCCAUGGCCAGCCAAACCGUGCCCGUAGUGUCAUGUAAUUCAGGCGCCACGACGCCCGCUUGACGCAAAGAAGUAACUGUAGUGAAGUUAAGUUUGGCUGAAAUGCCUACAGUACCGUGUGAAGUUUGAGUAACCUUUUGUAUCUUCCAAAAUGCUACUGUAGUUAGAGUGAAUUUGACAAAUCUGUCGUACAGAGGCCAAAUCUUUAGGUAAUGAUUAGACUAAGAUAUCGAACAAGAGGUGAGAAUGCCGGGUGAAAUUUUACAUUUCGAUCUGCUGUUUGGUUUUAAAAACUAUGUGAUCUUAACUAGUAUUAAUGUUUUCGUUAUUUAAUGUUACUUUGAUUGGUAAGACGCUCCUGGCUGUUAUUGAAAUAUCAAGUAGUAUCUUAUUCUACUUUAUUGUGUCUUUAAAGACAGUUUAAAAUAAUUUAGUUUCAGAUAUCACCACCUGUUUACGUUCAUUUCGUCGUUUUGGAAUCCUCAGAGCAGGCCGUAGUGUGUUUUGAAUCGAAACCAAAUCUGCCAUGUAAGCAAAUUAAUAAGCGAUAUCUAUUAAAAUCAAGGAGAAAUUGUUGAAAUAGAUGACGCUGUUGCGUUCUUUUGCAAAUUAUUUCUUAUUAAUUUGCCUAAAUGAGAGUUAGAUUUGGUUUCGAUUCAAAGCAUACCACGGGCAGUUCUGAGGAUUCCAAAAGGAUGAAACGUACGUAAACGGAUGGUGGUGGUCUCUGAAACGAAAUUAAACCUUAAACUCCCUUUCAUUACCUUCGUUUUACUCACAAAUUGAGUACCUACUAGGAAUCAAAAUUCGUUGGAUUUUUACCUAAAUUGACGUGUUGUGGAAUGCAUAUUGUAGAUUCCCCAUGUCCAUCCAUUUAUCGUCCUUAUGCCUUGUAAAUUACAGAAGGAUAGGAUUCGGGUGUAACCAGAAUUUUGUUUUCCAGCGUAAGAAAUUUUUUGUUCUACGGUCCUUUAAAUUUCUCGUUGAAUUUAUACAGGGUGUCCCGAAAAGAUUGGUCAUAAAUCAUACCACAGAUUCUGGGGUCAAAAAUAGGUUGAUUUAACCUAACUUACCAUAGUACG